CCUGACCCUGUGUCCCCGCAGCUGGCCGACGGCGAGUUCUCCCCCGUCUUUCGCCUCCUGACCAUCUUCGCAUACGGCACCUACGCGGACUACCUGGCUGAAGCAGCAAACCUUCCUCCCUUGACAGAAGCUCAGAAGAACAAGCUGAGACACCUGUCAGUCGUCACUCUGGCUGCCAAGAUCAAGUGCAUCCCCUAUUCGGUGCUGCUGGAGCAGUUACAGCUGAAGAACGUCCGGCAACUGGAGGACCUGGUGAUUGAGGCUGUGUAUGCAGAUGUGCUGCGAGGUAGCUUGGAUCAGCGGAACCAGCGCCUGGAGGUGGAUUACAGCAUUGGGAGGGACAUCCGGAGGGAGGAGCUAAGCACCAUCACCCGCACAUUGCAGGAGUGGUGCCAGGGCUGCGAGGUUGUCCUGUCAGGCAUUGAAGAGCAGGUUAGCCGGGCCAACCAGCACAAAGAGCAACAGCUGGCACUUAAGCAGCAGAUAGAGAGCGAGGUGGCAAACCUGAAGAAGACCAUUAAAGUGACGACAGCGGCGGGAAAAACCCAAGACCCAGAGCAGCACCUAACAGAGCUCAGGGAGCCGGCCCCUGGCACCAACCAGCGCCAGGCGAGCAAGAAAACUUCCAAAACCAAAGGGCUCCGGGGCAGCGCGAAAAUUUGGUCUAAAUCAAACUAGUAGGAUCCCCCUUCACAACUGGGAGGGUGAGAGGAAGAGAUCUGGGGGAUGGAAGGGUAGCAGGGGUCCCAAGUGUGGUGCUUCUGAGCUCUUCUCCGAGAUCCAUCUUGCCAACAAAUUCUCCUGCAUGUUCCUUCUCCUUCCUGUCUUCUUUACUGACGUUUCAGGCAACACCUCCCUCCUUUCCAUCACAGCCUUUCACACUCUAAGCUCCCAGUUGUACGCGUUGCUGUUUCCCCUACCCCUCAAGCCCCCAUCACCACGGCCACGUGUUUUUCUUUCUCUCUCCCUGUCUUGUGACAGGUCGGUUCAGAGAGCCAUAAAGCUGUGUCAGUCACCUUUGCACCCGCAGGGCGCCACAGGAGCGCGGGAAGAGCGCGCAGGUGCUCGGCAACCGUUCUGGCUCUAGGAGACCCCUGGGAUAUUUUGCUCCAGGAUGCAGCUGCCAUCUUUGAUUGUUUAACCUUUGUUUUGCUAGGUGGGAGGGUAGUUUUUGAAGGGAAUCUUUAAAAAAUAUAUAAAUAUAUUAUAAAUAUAUAUAAAACAAUAAAAAUGCAGAUCUAUGGACA